CUUGGGAGAUUUUCUUAAGAAGCAUAGCAGAGCGGUCAAACAUGGCCCUGGGCUGCUGUCUGCUGAAGAAUGCAGCUGUCUCGAACCUGGAUGCAGAAAGUAAACUGAGUGUCUAUUUCCGUGCACCUUGGCAUCAGCAAAGAAACAUUUUCCUUCCUUCCACCAGGCCAGCUUGUGUGGAGGAGCUGCAUCACCAUGCAAAGCAAAACUUGCGAGCCUUGAGAAGAGACCAACGAAACCGAGGUGACAGUCGAGAGUCUAAAGUCCUGAGCCAAAUCACUGUGGUGGCUCCACCAUUUCCCUCUUUUCCUGUGACCUACAAUCAGAAGCACAAAGAGACGAAGGAUCGUCCGUUACUCAAAUUUUUCAGCACCCGCUCGCCCUCCCCUACUGAGUGUUGCCACAUGACCCCAUGGAGUCGAAAGUCCCACCAACCAGAGGAAGAAGAUACAGAUGUCAUGUUAGGGCAGAGGCCGAAAAAUCCAAUACAUAAUAUUCCUUCUACACUGGAUAAGCAAACCAACUGGAGCAAAGCACUACCUCUCCCAACUCCAGAGGAGAAAAUGAAACAAGAGGCCCAAGUGAUUUCCUCUUGCAUUAUCCCCAUCAAUGUCACUGGAGUUGGUUUUGACAGAGAGGCUAGUAUACGCUGCUCUCUUGUUCAUUCACAAUCUGUGCUACAGCGGAGACGGAAAUUGAGAAGGAGGAAAACCAUCUCUGGCAUCCCCAGAAGAGUUCAACAAGAAAUAGAUUCUGAUGAAUCUCCAGUAGCAAGAGAGCGGAAUGUGAUUGUGCAUGCAAAUCCAGACUUCUCUAAUAACUCAAACAGGAGAUCAGGUACCAGAGAUUCUGAGUGCCAGACAGAAGAAAUCCUCAUUGCUGCCCCAUCCCGGAGAAGAAUCCGGGCUCAGAGGGGUCAAAGUGUUGUAGCCUCUCUGUCUCAUUCAGCUGGAAACAUAUUGGUACUGACAGACAAUGGGGACACCAUGUUCACAACAUCAGUGAGCAACCGUGUACGAUCAAGGAGUCUUCCUCGUGAAGGUGCUAGAACCAAUGAAGCCGACCAUAACACCAGUGCCAAAAUGUCAGCAUAUGAGGCAGAACACUUUUUAGCAAGCCAAGAAAGAAACUCCACAAAGAGUAAAGAUGCCAUUAAUAAUCGGUGCUCUCAAGAACACCAUCCCAUAGGUUUAAAGUGCUCUCAGCAUAGCCCAGAUCACAACUCAAAUGAGAGGGGGAGGUCAAGGUUAUCAAGGAUGGCAGAUUCAGGAAGCUGCGAUAUCUCAUCAAACUCUGAUACCUUUGGAAGUCCCAUUCACUCUAUCUCUACUGCUGGAGUUCUUCUUAGUAGUCACAUGGACCAGAAAGAUGACCAUCAGUCUUCCAGUGGGAAUUGGAGUGGAAGCAGCUCAACAUGUCCUUCCCAAACAUCAGAAACAAUUCCUCCUGCUGCCUCUCCUCCACUGACUGGCUCGUCACACUGUGAUUCAGAAUUAUCACUGAACAUUGCCCCAAAUGCCAAUGAAGAUUCUACUAUCUUCAUAACUGAUCACUACAGUGAUCAGAUAGAUAAGAUUAGAGGCCAUAGGACAAGUUCUUUCACUUCCACUGUAGCUGAUCUACUCGAUGAUCCCAAUAACAGCAACACAAGUGACAGUGAAUGGAAUUAUUUGCAUCACCAUCAUGAUGCGUCCUGCCGCCAAGAUUUCAGUCCUGAACGCCCCAAGACAGACAGCCUGGGAUGUCCAAGUUUUACAAGUAUGGCUACUUAUGAUAGUUUUAUAGAGAAGACCCCAUCUGACAAAGCAGACACAAGCUCACACUUUUCAGUUGACACUGAAGGCUACUACACCUCCAUGCACUUUGACUGUGGUCUCAAAGGAACUAAAAGUUAUAUUUGUAACUAUGCAGCUGUGGGCUCUGAGAGUGGGCAGAAUGCUAAUGUUGCUUCCAGUCUCGCUAACUGUGCCUGGCAGGAUUAUGUAAAUCAAAGGAGACAAGGAAAACAGAGCAUCUCUCUAAAGAAACCAAAGGCAAAGCCAGCCCCACCAAAACGCAGUUCAUCUUUAAGGAAAUCUGACAGCAGCACAGAUCUUCCUGAGAAGAAAGAACCAAAGAUAAGCAGUGGGCAGCAGCACAUGCCUCACUCUUCCAGGGAAAUGAAGCUGCCCCUCGAAUUCUCAAACACACCUUCAAGAGUAGAAAGUUCUAAUCUGCCAAGCAAUCAGGAACACUCCUGGGAUAAUCAGGAGGAGAGCAGAUUAAAAGACCUUCCAUUUGACACCAUGGACAUCCCAUCAUUUAAAGAUGAAGGUGCUGAACAAUCUCACUAUGCAGACCUCUGGCUUCUAAAUGACUUGAAAUCUAAUGAUCCUUAUAGGUCUUUAUCCAAUUCUAGCACUGCUACGGGUACUACGGUCAUAGAAUGCAUAAAGUCACCAGAAAGCUCUGAAUCGCAAACAUCACAGUCUGGUUCGAGAGCCACCACUCCUUCCCUCCCUUCUGUGGAGAAUGAAUUUAAAUUAGCUUCCCCAGAAAAGCUGGCUGGUUUAGCUUCCCCCUCAAGUGGUUAUUCCAGUCAGUCUGAAACGCCAACAUCAUCUUUCCCAACGGCUUUCUUUUCUGGACCCUUAUCCCCAGGAGGGAGCAAAAGAAAGCCAAAAGUACCAGAAAGGAAGUCCUCAUUACAGCAGCCUUCUUGUAAAGAUGGUAACAUAUCUCUGAAUAAAGAUCUUGAACUUCCAGUUAUACCUCCUACUCAUCUUGACCUAAGUGCUCUUCAUAAUGUCUUGAAUAAACCAUAUGCUCACAGACAUCAGUUGCAUGCUUUUAAUAACAAUAAGCCGAACAUGGUAGAAGAAGCACUGCACUCUAAUUCUACACCAGCCCUUGCUAUUACUCCAUCAGUUCUGAAAUCUGUACAGCUUCGAUCAGUCAAUAAGCCUGAAGAGGUAAAACAGAGAGACCGUACAGACAUUCUCCAUAUUCAAGGGAAUGCUUUAAUGGUGACCGCAGUUUCAGGUAAAAUGAAAGCACAUGUAAGUAAGAAACAAGUAUCGCGCCAGUAUGCCAUGGAAGAGGCCAUAGUGUCCUAUAUUAAUCCCUCUCCAGUACAAAUAACCCCCGAAGAACUCCACUCCGAAAGCAGUUUGACUUUCGGUGAAAAGAAUACCUGGCGAGAGACCCAAACCUCAGUAGACAUGGGUGCUCCCAUAGUUAGAUAUACAACAGAUCAAAUGCACCCGGUUCACGAGUUUCAGCCAGAGAAUACACUUAAUAAAAUGUGUGGCAGUUCUGCUGAAUGGUAUCCACAAGGCACAACAGUCCUUUCCGGAAACUCCGAAGGAAAGAUAACAAUAUGUGGACCAGAGCAGGACAGGAGACUUGACUCUGUGCAGCUUCAGCAAGAAUUACCUGCACACUGUGAUCAAAAGUUGGUAUAUGAACCUUUCAUUGAAAAUAGGCUCCAGUUUGAUUCCUCAGCUGGGGGAGCUGACAUCAGUUAUCAGCUAAAGCAUCAGUUUGAUGUAAACCAACAUUAUGACAAAGUGCCUGGGAAUAUCAGCUAUGGACCGGAGAUCUCAACUGUAGAUUCACUCAGUGAAAAAUAUCCUGAGCAGGAAAAUGAUAUUGCAUCAGGUAUCCCAACCAGAAGUGCCUCAGAUGACAAAGACAACAGAGCAGCUGAGACACACAGGACUCCAGAGGAGGAUAUCUCAAAAGAAUCUUCUCCAAGCGACGAUUCCUUAAUCUCACCCCUAAGUGAAGAUUCUCAGGCUGAACCAGAAGACGUUUUUGUGUCUUCAAAUAAACCUCGAACAACAGAGGAUCUCUUUGCAGUCAUUCACCGGUCAAAAAGGAAAGUGCUUGGAAGAAAGGAUUCUGGUGAAAUUUCUGUGAGGAACAGAUUGAGGGCUUCAUCAAGUACUAGCAGCAUAUCCUCUGCCAGCAGUACAUCCCAGCCAGUUAACGUUCCUCCUCCCACACCCAUUGUGGCAAGUCCAGCAUGCAGCCAGAGAUCUCCUGGACUCAUUUACAGGAACGCCAAAAAGUCCAACACUUCGAAUGAAGAAUUCAAAUUGUUGCUUUUGAAAAAGGGCAGCCGGUCUGAUUCAAGCUAUAGGAUGUCAGCCACAGAGAUACUGAAGAGUCCAAUUUCACCCAAAUCUCCAGGAGAACUACCUGGGGAGUUUCUUCAGAAUGCUGAUGAGUCUUCCCCAGCCUUAUCAAGUGCUGAGGCAUUUGCUCCUCUCUCUCCUUGCCCUCCAAGAAUAAAUGCAGAAGGGUUUUCUUCCAAAAGCUUCCCAACAUCAGCAUCAUCACGGGUAGGACGAUCGAGGGCCCCCCCUGCUGCAAGCAGUAGCCGGUAUAGCGUCCGCUGCAGGCUGUACAACACCCCAAUGCAAGCUAUUUCAGAAGGAGAGACUGAGAAUUCCGAUGGGAGCCCUCAUGAUGAUCGGUCCUCCCAGAGUUCUACGUAGGCUACGUAACAGCUUUUAAAUGGGGAGGGGGGAGAAUCUAUGUGAAUAUAAAUGGGAGGACUUUGCAUUUGCUCGGCUCAUGUGAAUAUAAAGGCCAGUUCUGUAGCAGUCAAAUACCCAUACAGGGCAAUAUUGAUGCUUGAAAAUGCUAAGGAUUGCUAAGAGACUGCGAGGAAAAAAAAAAGAUGAUUCUGUAGCUAUUUAUUAUUUCACAUUUUCUUAAGUAGAAACAUAUACUAAAUGGUUAACUUCCAUUUCAUUUCGCCCAGGUUUCCUGCCAUCAGUGUAGAUUUACAUUAUCCAAUUGUCAAAUUCCCUCUUCCCCUCCAAAGAUGCCAUUUAGGAUUUUUAAAAAGAGGUCCCAUUGUCUUCACUCUUGUGCUUCCCUAGGGAAAAGGAAACAUUAAAUUGCUUGAGGAAUUGGUAUUUUUUUACACUCGAACAAAUGGAAACAAAAUUUAGAAAAAAUGAACAAAACAGAUGUACAUAUCCAUAUUUUUGAUAAGUAUUUGUAAAUAGCAUUAUCCGAGAAAGGCAGAAAAAAGUGGUUGGUGGCAAAUGGCAACUUUGUUGAAAGACAAAAAAAAGAUAAAGGUAAUGACUGUAUUCUGUGAAUACAAAUUUCAUAUCAAAUAUAAUUUACGUAUCUACCACAACCACUCAGCAGUUCAAUAAUUAAGCCUCUAACAUUAAUUUUAACACUUGAAAUAGUGGAAAUCACCAAUAUUAAUAAAAGAUUCUCAAAUGAAAUAGUAUCUGAUUAAUUUUCUUCCAAAAAUUGAACUCUAAACUAGUGAAUUUCAAAGUUCAUAUUGUGGCAAGAGCCUCACUGGCACUACAAAUAUCGGUCCAGUAACUGUUAUUUUCUGUUGCAGCUCCUCCUGGCAAGAACCCUAAGAAGUGCAGUCCUAUGAAGGGUGGGGGAGUUAUACUGAGGAUUUCUCAUUCUACUAAUCAUGGUUUCACAUAGCAUUCUCACAU